CAACAGGUUUGUUAUUCGUGAGACAUGUCGCUCUCUAAAAUAGUGUUUCUUCUAUUUCUGUUGACAAAUGGAAGGAAUUGUGAAGAACCUCGCUGUUCUAAAUAUGAUUUUGAGGAAAAGGUGCUGGAAAAAAUGGUACGCAUAGAGUUUCAAAUGGAGAGACUGAAACUUGAGGUAGAGCAAUGUGUUAACAGAGUUGAAAAUAUCAAGACGGAAGUUAGCGAUCAAAUGAAAACAAAACAACAAGAGCUAGAAAAUGGCUUCGAGACCAGUAUGAUAGAAGUCGGUAAUGUUACAUCGGAGGUUAGGGCAAAGCUUCUUGAACUACAAAAUUUCAAAGAUAUGGCCGUAACACCAACAGUUACAUUUAAAGCGAGGCUGAAUGAAAAUACAGCAGUGUUGGGAGGUCGGAUCAUCGUGUUUCCUACAGUAGUCUUCAGAGAAGGAGGCGCAUAUAACACUGAUACCGGAAAGUUUACAGCAUCCGUCAAUGGGACGUUCAUGUUCAGUAUAGCUUUCUGUGUUUACAUAAAAAAAUACUUUGUUGUUAAUAUAAUGAUUGACGGGAAUAACUAUUCAGCACCAUUGAUAUAUGGUGAUGAUGGCCGUGGAUGUUCAUCAGCUGAUACAGUUGCCAUAGUGACGGCCGGACAAGACGUCUGGGUCGAGGCACAAACAGGUAGCAGUACUGGCGAUAUCAUAUACCAAGAUAAAUACAGAUGGAAUACGUUUUCCGGCACUUUGAUAAAUAGGCUUUAAUCUGAAUUUAUUCUUGUGAGUUCUUUCUUGUUUUUAGAGAGAAAGUAACUAUAAAUAGUCUAUGACAAUGGAUGUGUGUAUGUAUAUACUACUGCAAGACAGAAUGUGUCGAUUGACGUCCUAUCUGUUAGAAAUUCUGGUUCAAGUACGAAACUUGAUCUCUACAGGUGUGCCACUUUUGCAGGAGCACUGUUAUAUACAUGAUAAACUGCUUUACUACCUUUUUCAUAAUUCUUUCCCUAGUGUUUGUAAUUUCUUUUUUAUGUUUCAUUUGAGAGGAAAUUAAAUGUAUGCAACUAAAUGAGAAAUUAUUUACCGCACAGGAAGCAAAAUGUAAACAAAGUAGUUGUCAAACUGUUUCUUUAAAACAUAUGUAAGAUAACAAUAUAACAAGAAUAUUGGUUUCAAAGAUGGAUGCUGCCAUAUAUAACUUUAACGAACAUCGAAUGAGUAAAUGUAACAACAUAUAACCAAAUGUGACAACAUAUAACCAAAUGUGACAACAUAUAACCAAAUGUGACAACAUAUAACCAAAUGUGACAACAUAUAACCAAAUGUGACAAUAUACAACCAAUAUUUAUCAUAACCAGUUAUAAGUCAAUAGAUGAACAUGCAUGGAGUAAGGAAAGGAAGUGUGACUAAAAGAAGGAGUGACUUUUAUCUAAUAAAAUAAUUCAUUCUUAUAUCUUCUUUUAUUUGGUUUUAUAUUAAAUCGACACUGUCACAUAAUCACAUUCAAGUUUUACUGGUGGAGGGAAAUCUCAGAUGAUCCUAAUUUCAUUUCACAGGAUCAAUCAGCCUAGCAUUCUUUAUUAAAGUACAUUCUAACAAGCUACAAACUUUUCCCAUCUUUAACACACAAGGAAGUUAAAUGUAUUAUUACACGAUAUAAUUAUCUGCACGCCAAAUGUCACGUCAUUGAAAAAACUUCAGCUCAAGGUAAUUCAACUUUUUUUUUCAAUCUUCAAGAAGAGUUGCCGUUCGUCCCUCAUACAGGGAAUACAAGACGAGGUACCAGAGAUUGUCAACGAGGCACUCUAAAGUGAUGUCUUAUAAUUUAUUUUCUCGUUAUCUUUCAUACAGAAUAUAAAAGAGCACUACAAGCGAAUUUGUGAAACGUCGAUUAAAUUCUCAUCUGGUAAGACAGAAAAGUUAUGUAAGUGAAUACGUGUAAAAGAAUAACUCAUUUAUUGCAUAAGACUUUAUGUAUAAACAUCAUCUUUGUUUUUAUAACAAAGCAAAACAUAACAACCAAAAUUAUUUAACAUACAGAUAAAAAUACAAUGUACAAAUGUAGUUGUAAAAUAAAAAUGGAAGUAUGUUCUUAAAAUA